AUGGAAGCAAUUACUGGAAUGACAUUUGAGCAACUAGAGAAAUACAUUCCAAAGAUUGGGGACCAAAUAGCGGUAACUAACUUCUGUAGAAGACACCACUGGACAUCACCUUCCUGCUCGACGAAAACUCUAAGUUUAAUACAAAAAAUUAAGAGAAGUUACAAUGGGGAAGAGGAUAACACCAAUAAUCAGGCCGGGUCAUCAGAGGGUAGAAAAGCGACUCCGGGACGACCCUACCAAGAAGAGAGAACUGUCAAAUUGGGGUGGAAAAUGAAUGGAAAACUGGUGCGGGACAUUAAUGGUGGUGGUGUGAGAAACAUCAAAGUUAAAAAAACCUUAACAAAAGUAGAAUUAUUACAAGAAGCUAUUAAUUUAUUUUUCCCAAAUGGCAUUUGCAAGUAUGGGAAACUAGAUGAAUUCAAAUAUGACUUGGUGGAUUACCAGGAAAAUCAUUUCGAUGAAAACAUCAGUAUUGGUGAAAUAUUUAAAGUAGCCAAGCUGACUACCUUACGUUUCUACCUGGCCACGAACAAAAUAUUACCGGAAGAUAAAUCGCCUUGUAUUAAAAACAGAACCACCCAAAAACAAAUAAAAACAAAAAUUCCCAAAAAAAAACUGAAGCUAACUACUAUAGACAAUGCUCGAACCAGUUCAAAUCAAAAUUUACAACUGGACGAACCCGAGGACAAGACAAUUUAUACUGAGUUAAAAGAGUUUAUCUCGACCCCAGUUAUAAGCAAAUAUUCCGGUGAGCAAUAUGAACCCAAUCCUGAUUGUUUGGUUCAAUAUUUGGAUUGUGGUAUAGACGCAAACCAGCCUUGCACAAUGAUUUCCCCCGAUUCACGUCUUGGUAGCCCAACUAUGAUCGAAAUAAAUCAGUUAUUAUUCGAUACUGAUACAGACACAGUUAUUACAAAAAGCUUAAAUGAGACGUCGUUGAAUUAUGCAGAGCUGCAGACAAACCAAUGGGAAGAAUUUCGUGAAACGGAUUCUAGGUCAUUAAAUGGAACCGGCGAAGCAGUUACACAAGAGGUCUCCUUAGAAAUGGUUCUUAAACCAUUACAAAACAAGAUUACCUCAGAUAAAGUUUCAAUGUUUAAUGUGUAUCGUGCAGAUAUUUUUAAUUGUUGCGUUCGAGCCAUUCGACGAAAGACAUUUUCCCCCUUUAACAAAAUCAGUGUUAUGUUUAGUGAUAUCGAAGGACGCAGUGAAGGAGCGGUUGAUGCGGGCGGACCUACACGGGAAAUGUUUAGGUUGGUGAUAAACCAUAUUAAAAACAGUAGAAUGUUUUUUGGCGAAAAGAAGAAAUUUCUUACACUGGAUGGUGAUGCGCUCCAAAAACAAGAAUACUUUGAAAGUGGCCGUCUGAUUGCUCUGUCGCUUAUACAUGGAGGUCCAGGUCCAUACUUCUUUUCCAAGAAUUUGUACUCUCUCCUAGUUAGAGGCUAUACCAACAAUUUGACAAUGGAUGAUAUCGAGUACGAAAUUCGUGAAAAAAUAUUGCGCAUCACCACUUUCUGUGAGUUUAAGUGCUUACAAGAAUAUGUAGAGAAAGAAUCGGUAUUUUCUAUCGCUGGUUGGCCGAUCAUUACCAAAAUUGAAGAAAAGAAUGUGAUGCUUGAAGACUUACUCAAAUUUUACGGGUACAACCGUAUCCGACCUGCAUUGGAGCAAUUUGAAUUGGGUCUCGCUACUGGACAUGUUUUGAAUUUAAUAAAAGACCAUCCAAAUCUAUUUGAAGAUAUCAUGUGUGGCGAAAAUAAUUCCAUUACCAGCAAAGAUUUGAACAGUUUAUUUAACAUCACAUAUUCCGAAAUAAACUCGUCUGCCCGACUGCUCGAAAAUAAAUCCAUAAGUUUUUGGCGCGAUUUUUUACUCGAUUGUGAAGAUUCAGAAACCGAAGUUUCUUUAGAAGAUAUUAUGAUACUUGCAACAGGAAUCGACCGUUUACCACCACUAGGGUUUGACGUUAAACCAACAAUCACUUUCCAAAGAGAUGUACGUUACCCGACAGCCAAUACGUGUGGUCUUGAAUUAAGACUUCCGCUUGGUUACACAACUUAUAAUGAAUUUAAAUCUGAUGUUGCUUUUGGAAUUGCUAAUUGUAAGGAUUUUGCUUUUGCAUGAGUUUAACACUA